AUGAACGAAGAUGGUCGUCAAGACUUCCCCUAUAAUAUCCUUUUCCGUUCCACAAUCCCCGUCCCGGACUUUAAUAUACCCGNAAUUCUAGCUGUAUACGACGAGAACAUUCCGAACGAACUCCUAUCCAAACGUGACUGGCAGAUUAAAGAAGACCCGACUGAAGACUACGAGCUGGUUGUCGAAGAACUGAAAAAUUGUACCGAGUUAGCUUCAGUUCAUCAAGCAAGAAGAUCGGAUCGCAUCUCCUUCACUACUAUGGAGUUGCUCGAAGAGAUGGAAACUGAAGCUUGA